CAUUGCCACGUCUGCCUUCUCCCACCGAGUUACUAGGCUUCUGUCACGUACAAGCAAAACCUUAAGAAGAGUACAGACGAGACAGAAGAGCCGACACUCAACAUCUCCCGAUAACAUUUCUCCAACUUUUCAUUCGAGUUCAGACAGAGUGAAGGCUGCAGACGAUAGAGUGAAGGCUGCAAGAGGACGGCCAGGUGAAGGCACUGUUCCCAUAUCUGUCACCUCGUCAGGCCUAUCAACAGAAUCUAGUGCGUAGCCAAAAUGGACAAGUUCUCAAAAAGAUACAAUGGACUUUUUCAAGGGAGCAUUUUGUGUCUGCUGCUCACAUUAGUUUCGUCUCAAGCCACGCAGUGUGACGAGAGGAACUGCAAGUUACCCUCAUGCCGCUGUCCUGCAGUGCACGUGCCCGGAGGCUUCGAACCGAGCGAUAUCCCACAAAUGGUUCUUAUCACAUUCGACGACGCCGUCAACUGGGAAAACUGGGACUAUUACAUGCAGUUGUUCCCUAAAGAUGGUAGCCGAAAGAAUCCAAAUGGCUGCCCGAUAUCCACGACAUUGUUCGUGUCACACAAUUUCACAGACUACUGCAUGAUACAGAAACUGCACGCACGUGGAAUGGAGAUCGCGGAUCAUAGCAUAACACACAAACUCCCCCGAGAGUGGUGGAGCAUUUCCACAAAGGAAGAACUUGAAUACGAAAUUCUAUCCCAGCGCGAAAACUUGGCCGACUACGGUCAUAUUCCAAUUGAAGACAUCCGCGGUUGGCGGAGCCCAUUUCUCCAGCCUAAUGGUGACAACCAGUUUGAAAUUUUAUUCCACAACAACUUUACAUACGACGCCACGAUGACGUAUCCUUUCCCGCGAAAUCUGUACUCACCGGUUCUCUGGCCGUUUACCAUGAAUUUCCCGUGGUCAAUCGCAUGUAACAUUGAUCCCUGCCCCCAGAACACCUACCCUGAGUUCUGGGUGGUUCCGGUUGUCACCAUGAUGGAUUAUCGGGAACAUCUGCCAUGCUCCUACGUCGAUUUCUGUACAAACAAGCCGAGAAACCAAGACGAAACGCUGGAAUUCUUGUGGAAGAAUUUCAUGCGAAACUAUAGAACAAAUCGGGCACCAUAUUACGUAAAUCUUCACUCGGUUUGGUUUGAUGAAAAUGACUACAAUUUAGAAGCCAUGGAUCAGUUUAUUCAGCGUUUAGUAGACAUGGAUGACGUGUAUGUCGUCACAGUGUAUGACGCUAUCAAAUGGAUGAGGAACCCGACGUCUCUCAGGAACAUGAAAGAUUUUGAGCCAUGGAAGUGUACGUGGACACCGGAGAAGGAAGACAGACAAUUCUGUGAGUUUACUUUCCGUCCUCGGACCACGCCACGUGUACGGAAAACAACAACAACAACGUUCUCUGGUGAGAAAACCACGACGAAAAAACAUUCCAAUUCUCCGAAUUUACCUGAUGACAAUGAAAACUCGGUGACCCCUGAUGGAUUCAGACCAUGGUUCCGACGGAACAGUGCCACGGUGCCCAAGCUCUCCGUAUUAGCCGGACUAUUAACAGUAAUUCUUGCAUUCUGGUUGUAGUAUCUUGAAAAGCCAACCCUGCCUCGCCCUCAUUGUCAGGCCUUCCGGUUGAAAUAUAUGCGUGGUCGUGCGACAUUGCCAUCUUGGAGUAGAAAAACGAGCCUUUAACCAAGCCCUGGGUUUAUUUGACAUUGUCUGUGUACCACCGGAUUUCCCCGUCUAAACAUACUGAUGCUAAAUGUCACCUGUUUAACACGCCGACUGCCCGUCGACGAGACACAGAGAUAAUUUGUUGAUUGAGGAAUCUCGUCACGCCCCAUAGGUUGCUUGUUUAAUUAAGAUACUCUCAGUGAAAACGUUUUCAAAGUUGAAUUUGGUUUAAUUAAUUAGUUCAGAGCAAGGGAACCUCAUAUUGUCGGAUUAUUUAAUCAGUUUAUUUAACUAACUAACCCAGGGUUACUGGGGUUCGUUAGUUAAAGGUUUUGUUUUAUAACCCAUAUAAUGGAGAGAAAUUAAUAUAACGGUAAUAUAUUCUACUAACUGACCAAAGAUCCUUGUAAUAUUUAACAGAGGUUAUAUAUUUUUGUACAUAAAAGAAUAAUGAUCGAAUGAGGUAUACGUUUAAUGACGUGGAUGGAUAACCGCGAUUACCGCAUGCGAGUAUAUAAAUUAGAAGCCCGUGUACAGCCAUGAACAAGUAAAGUAGAGCUUCUAUCCGUAUCAUCUUACAACCUGAAAUAUAAUGUAGACGUACAGUAUGGACAGAAAUGCCAGAGAAGCGAAGACGGUGUGAUUACUGGCAAAUUUAAGCCUCCAGAAGAGAUAACCUCCGAGACUUGUAUUAUGACUAGUUUGUUACAAAUGAAGAGGUAACUGCAUUAUUGUCACAAAAACUUACUAAGAAAUAAUUACAUGUACCCGUAUAUGGGCUUAGUGGUGUAUCUUUUAUCAUUCCUCUAACAAAAAUACCGACUGUUUGUUAUUCCUUGCCAGUAAAUAAAAAGAUAUUGCUGAACACAAUGUGAGAAGACGACUUGGUGUAGAGCGGUUAGUGAGCGGGUGAUGUUAGAUAGACGGCCUCGCUGACCCCCAAACAUGACGGGGAGUAGACCCAGCAGCUAGCAGGCGUGAUGGGGCGUCAUAGUUCCAAGCUAAAUUUCUCACAAUUCCGCUAAACUCCCCAACCCAGCACCUCUACCACGUUUAUGAGUUCACCUAUUGCCAUCCACGACCUGAUUUAAACACCUUUCUAUGUACUUAAGAGAGAAACGCCUCUUGACGACCGGUACCUGGUCACAGAGACUUUAAACAUGUCACUGACCCAAGCGGAUGUAUUUGGCGGUGCUUUACGUCCCAAAUGUACCACACUAUAGUCUAUUUCUUUUAAAGAGUCGCCUAUAUUCAUCUGUCUGUAAAUUCAGUCAUACUCACUGACUAAAGGCAAUUUUGUCUUUCACAAUCUCUACACAUGGAUAUGUUGGAAGUCCACAUUAUUGCAAGAAAAUCAAAUUAGAGCACUUUUUUAAAUUCAUGUUGUUAAACUGCAUAAACUCAGUUUCGAUGAGGUGCACCAACAUGGGGUUAGAACAAACUCCACACAGGAACACAGCCUACAGGACACUCUCAGCAAAAAGAGUACAUUGUUUUUUAUAACCGAAUUUCCUAACAUCCAGCUCUAAAACCAUACUGCCGUGAGAUCAUAUACUACAAGAGAAAAAAUUAAAUUCAUUUACUAAGGUUAUAUUUUACUGAAAACGUGUAAACAUUUUCAAAUAUGGCCUGUGUUAGAAACGGGGUUUACAGUAAAAUCGAUAGCAGUUUGGGUAACUGGUGUCGCCCACCGUCGAAUCAUGUUGAACUUCGCCCAAUGUCCAACUCGCUUUUAAAUAAUUAUGACGUCACUCUUGCCUUCGAAACCGAGUCUAUGGACUUAAACAUUAUUAAUUGGAAAAAGUGUUCUAACUUAUUGUGAACUUUAAACAUAUCAAUGUGUAGGGCUUUCGCUGUUAGGUGUCACUGACUAUUUUGGCAAAUUUGGUAGCGAGUAUGACUGAUUUUAGAGACAGCUGAAAAUAGGCGACGUUCUAAAAGAAAUAGACUUAUACCUCACCAGAGGUAACUACGAUGAAAGUCUAUUACUGUAGCAAAGUACCUCCGCUGACGUAAGGAGAAAAAACCUGAAUAAAGACGGAUUAAAUAAACCACCGAACCCCUUAAAUCAGUCCCUACGAGUUACUGGUACACGCCAAAAUCCUCAAAACAGCCGAACCUCACAAAAUGCCUCACUUUGGGUGGGGGAUUACCAAACCUCGCCAAGUACCUGGUUUUGGGUGGAAAACCCCCGAAUUUCGUCAACUGCUGGACCUUGUGGAAACCACCGAAUCUCGUCAAGUGCCUGACUUUCGGUUUGAAACCACAAACCUCGCCAACUGCUUGCCUUUAGACUGGAAACCACCGAACCACCAAAACUGGUCAAGUGUCUGAGCGUGACACCUUAUUGACUUUGGAUGGGGAUCAACCAAACCUCGCCAAGUGCCUGACUUUGGGUGGGAAACCGCCGAACUUUGCCGAGUGCCUGAGUUUGGGUGGGAAACGACUGAACCUUGCCGGGUGCCUGAGUUGGGAAGGGGGAGGGUGGUGGUGGAGGACUGCCGAGUCUGGCCAAGACCCUG